AAAUGGUGGAUAUUGAAAUGUAAAACUUCAAAACUUGUUUUUCAGGAUGCCACCCAAAAAGCCCGUUGCAGUUAAGGCACCAGCAAAAGCUGCGGUAAAACCAGCAGCUGGUAGGGGAACAACGCCUGCAGCAAAGAAAGGAACAGUUGCGCAAGGUGGUGCUAAGAAGGGAGCACCCCCUGCUGCUGGGAAAGGAAAACCUGCUGCGACCCCAGCAAAGCCAAAGGAAAAAGUAUGGACAGAAAAAGAUGAUGCAGCAUUGAAAAUACAGACCAAAUACAGGCAGUUCAGAGCAAAGAAAGCCUUGAUUAAGAAAAAGAAAGAAAAAGAAGAUUAUGAGGAACUCAUGGAUAAACUGGAAAAAGAGGCUUUCGUUCAACUUGUCAAAAUGGAACAAGAAAAGGCGGAGAAAGAAAGACAGAAAGAGGAGGAAGAAAGAAAAAGAAAGAGAGAGGAAGCCAAGAGAAAGAAAAGAAUGCUUGAAGCUGCCUUUGAAGGGGAUACUGAAGAAAUAGAAAAUAUUCUCAAAGAGGUCAAAAACCUUGAUGAUCAGAAGGGUGUGGGGACAGAUGCUGUAGGGACUGCAAUACGUAACAAGCACCUGAUGAAUGUCAUAGAAUGUGAAGAUGCUAAUGAUAACACACCACUCUCAGAGGCAGCUAAUGGGGGAGAUCCCAAGACAAUUCAACUGCUUUUAGACAAAGGUGCAAAUCCAAAUUCCCAGGGACAGUUCAAGAGAACCCCCCUCUACAGGGCAGCUUUUGCUGGUCAUUUAGAAUCUGUCCAGGUGUUGCUUCAGAAUGGUGCUGAUCCUCGCAUUUACGCUGAUGAUGGUCAAAAUCCAGAACAGGUGGCCUCAGUGGCUGCUGUGAAGGAAGUCUUAGCAGAGUGGGAUGUGGCUGAAACAGAAAAACUGCUACAAAAACUAGAGGCAGAAAAACAAAAGAGAAAAGAGGAGCAGCAAAUGAGGAGAGACGCUGAGACUUCCAAGUUAAAAGGAUCUGUACAGGAAGCCCAAGAGGAAUAUGACAGAGUCCAGAAACAGUUGAGCCAUGCCUAUUGUGAAUUAAAUAAAAGAAUUAAUGAACAUGAUACAGCCAUUGUCUCAGGAUUUGACAGACCUGAGCUCACUCUACAGGGCAUACAUGAUCAGGAGGAUGAAGUUGAGAUACUGAAGUCUAAAUGUGAAAAGGCUAGAGAAGCCCUGGCCAAUGCAAAACUUGAACUGCGUGAACAGAUAAAUGAAGGCUUAGAGAGCAGCGAAAGUCUUCCAGGUAUUCAGAUAAUGAUUAAAGAACUGGAUGAUGUGCUUCUCAAGGAUGUUGGCAAUAAAAUAAAGGAUUCUGGAAAAUGGCCGCUGAUUAUUGACAGAAGCGCACAAGCAGCCACUUUUCUUAGGUACAGAGACACAAAUUAUCUCAACACAUUGAAUACCAAGGAAAUGGAACCCAACAAAGUCAGGCUGUCACUUCUUGGUGCUAUUAGAUUUGGCAAACCACUAGUUAUUGAUAUGAUGGAGGUAGACAUGUUCCAUGCAGUCAGUGACAGAUUUGAUGAAAUUCAAAAAGGUCUCAUGGACAAAAUUAUGGACAAAAGCAUCAUGCAAGAGGAGAAUUACCUAAGUCUUGUGAAAGAAGGAGAUGGCCCAGAAUAUGACAAGAACAAAUUCACAGCAUUUAGGACUCAAAACUUUAAAUUAUGGAUUGUCACAAAGAACCCCUAUCCUCCUGAGUAUUUAAUAGAUAGCUGUUAUGCAAUAAGAAUAUUUGUUCCAACAUAGUACAGUCCACUCAGUGAAGAUUUACCUUUUACUGGAUGUAGAGCUUCCAUUGUCAUAUGUUGUAGACAUACACUCUAUCAUUAUAUGGUUCUAGUGUGAUUGGUUUUCUGUGAUCAUUUAUUUCUUGUGAUUGACUUAAUCCCUGAAGCUGUUGGACAAUCCAUAUUCAUUCCUAGUCAUGAUUUAACUGUCUAUAUUUGUACUGAAUUUUAAUUUUUCAUAUUUUUUUGUAUUUUCUGUAAUAAUAAUUGACAUUGCAAAUCAAAAAUAAUGUUGAACACUGAUGGUCACUGCAGAUUAACUGGCAAUGUUAUAAUGUAAAGUGUGUAAGAACGAAAUAAAAUGUAAUAAACUGUGAUAUGACAUUUGGAGAUCAAAGCAAAAUGUAACAAAAUUCAAUUUUUAGUCAGGUAUUGAGUUUCCAUCGAUUGAGUCUUUUUAACUUAUAUCAUAGUGAUUAACAUGUGCCAAUAAACACUGAUUAUUACAUGUACAUCUCAGUUAUCCUUGAUGCAAAAUGUAAUAGCGUAAAAUGUAAUUAUUUUUGUUUAUCUAAAGGUCUUUUGGAACUGGAAUGUGGUAAAUACAAAUGCUUUAAAUUAAUAAACCUUUUUCAAUAUUUGCUCCCCUCUCAUAUAUUUUACGAUACGUUUUGCGUUGAUUUGAUGCAAAAUGUAGUAAUUGCAAAGCGCCAUGAUCCUUGUUAAUUCCCAAAACAAUGUCGACUAGGAUAUAUUUAAAUUUUGGAAGUUUUCUUGUUAUGAAUCACUGGAUAUUUCUUACUAUUAUACCUCAAAAGUUUCUUUUUUAUAUAAAUCAAAAAUUAAACAAAUUAUUUCUGGUCUAGAGCUCUGUUAAAAAGUUGAAAUUACGUUUUAUUUUAGAAUUGC